GUUUUCAAGUUAAAAGAGAGGGUGUCCUUCCUCUUCCUCCUCCUCCCGGCUGGAAGUGAAAUUGCAGGAACAUUUGCAAAACACUUCCAAGAGAUGGCACUGGCUGCUUAUGGUCAGCUUAGUCUCGAUGAGCUACCAUUAUGGGGCUCGCGAGGUGUCGAUUGUUUCGAGAAAUUGGAGCAAAUUGGUGAAGGAACAUACGGGCUGGUGUACAUGGCCAAAGAAAUCAAAACAGGGGAAAUUGUUGCUUUAAAGAAGAUACGCAUGGACAAUGAAAAAGAAGGGUUUCCUAUUACCGCCAUACGAGAGAUUAAGAUUCUGAAAAAGCUGCAGCAUGAAAAUGUUAUAAAGCUGAAAGAAAUUGUUACUUCUCAAGGUCCUGAAGCAGAUGAGCAAGGGAAACCAGAUGGAAACAAGUACAAUGGCAAUAUCUAUAUGGUGUUCGAGUACAUGGACCAUGAUUUGACAGGUCUUGCUGAUCGUCCAGGAUUGCGAUUUUCAAUUCCUCAGAUUAAGUGUUAUAUGAAACAACUGUUGACUGGACUUCAUUACUGUCAUAUCAACCAAGUGCUUCAUCGCGACAUCAAAGGCUCCAACCUUCUUAUAGACAACGAAGGAAAUCUAAAACUAGCAGAUUUUGGCUUAGCACGAUCGUUUUCUGGUGAUCAUAAUGCAAAUCUUACAAAUCGUGUUAUCACUUUAUGGUACAGACCUCCAGAAUUGCUGCUUGGAGCCACAAAGUAUGGGCCUGCUGUGGACUUGUGGUCUGUAGGUUGUAUCUUUGCUGAACUUUUGUAUGGAAAACCCAUCUUACCUGGGAAGAAUGAGCCUGAGCAAUUGAACAAAAUAUUUGAGCUUUGUGGAUCUCCUGAAGAGGAGAUUUGGCCUGGGGUCUCCAAAAUCCCUUGGUAUAACAAGUUCAAGCCAUCAAGGCCCAUGAAGAGAAGGGUUAAAGAGGUUUUCAGGAAUUUUGACCGCCAUGCUUUGGAUUUACUAGAGAAGAUGUUAGCUCUUGAUCCAUCCCAGAGAAUAUCUGCUAAGGAUGCACUUGAUGCUGAAUACUUCUGGACUGAUCCGUUACCCUGUGAUCCAAAGAGCUUGCCUUCGUAUGAAUCAUCCCAUGAGUUCCAAACAAAGAAGAAAAGGCAACAGCAAAGACAAAAUGAAGAGAUGGCCAAGAGGCAGAAAGUGCAACACCCUCAGCAACAUAAUCGUUUACCACCUAUCCAACAAACAGGCCCUCCUGCUCAUUCUUCACAUUGGCCUGCGGGACCUAAUAAUGUUCAAAUGGGCAACAACAACACUCAACCUCCUAUCACGACUGGACCAGGUCAUCACCAUUACGGUAAGCCUCGUGGUGGCCCCCCUGGUGGUCAAAAUCGGUAUCCCUCAAAUAGUGGUGGCUAUCAUCCUGAUCGAGGUGGUCAAGGUGGUGGUGGUGGUUAUGCAAGUGGAUCUUAUCCUCAGCAAGGACGAGCACCACCUUAUGCUGGCGGCAACAUGCCUCCUGCUUCCGGUGGUGGUGGUGGCAGAGGAGGGGCUGGACACCAAAACUCGUACCCACAAGGAAGUCAAUAUGGAGUUUCUGGGUCAAGUAGAGGUUCAAAUCAAAUGGGGGGUAGCAAUCGUAAUCAGCAGUUUUGGCCGCAGUAAUAAGUGGUAUGGAAUUAGACUCAUGCUCCCCUUUUUAUGUUUGAAACUGGGAUAAACUAUUUGUUGAAAAAUUAUGCUGAGAGUUUGGAAACUUGUUUGAAAAUUUGUUGAAAAAAGUGGCUUCAUUGGCUAAGAAGAAGUAAAUACUUUGUUUUAUAUUCCUUUUCAAGCUUUAUGUGAUCUGAACAGGCAUUCUUAUUGAAGGAAAAAAGUUGAAAGAAUAGUCAAUAUAAGAUUUUAAUGUUUUUUUUUGUGACUGCAUGAGGUUUGUAUAUUUUAUCCAUAGAUAUCUA